UUCCAUUGUUUGACUUGCAGUGGAGAUCAGACAUUCUGUCAUUCUUAUAUUGUUUAUGCUUACCAGUUUUUGCCCUUUCACAAGGUUCAAGAGUGGAUUGGGAAAUGCUUCAACAACACAUCACUUGAAGAAUUGGGUUUUAUCUGGCAUAUGGGCCAUGGGGAACAACCAUGUCCAUUUUCUGACAACAUGCAUAUAUGGGAGAAUAUUCCAAUGGACGCAGAGGCCAAUUUCCCACCGAUGGAGAUAGUUCAUGGUCCAACUAUACCAACCAAGUUGACCAUUGUACAUUCCACUGGAGUGUUUUUGUAUAAUAUUGUCUGGUGUAGCUGUCCUGGGGUCAAUUGUCAGCAGCAUUUGCAAUUGCUGAAAGCUAAAUUAUUUCCAGCAAGUACCAUUCGACCACAGACUGCCUUUACUUUUGAUGUCUUAAAUCAUUUUCUAAUUGAUGCACUAGAGUGCAAGACUUCGGUAUUCAGCUUUUUUGAGAAAAUCUGUCGCAUGACCAAUAACUGUUUCCCAGAUACUGUUCCUGUAAGUCUUAUAAGUCUUCUUGGUGACAGUUAA